AUGAAUGGAAUUCCAUUAAAUUUUGAAUGGACACCUGGUCAUGCUGAUAUCCAAGGAAAUGACAUUGCUGAUUCACUGGCCAAAAAAGGAGCUAAAGAAGCUGAAAAAAUAGAAGAACCAUCAGAAGUAACCAGGCAGGAUAUGAAACAUGCAGCAAGAGAAAGUGUUUCAAGAAAAUGGCAGAACCAGUGGGAAUCAAGUCAACGUGGCAGAAAUUAUUAUAACUAUCAUCAAAAAGUUUGUCAAAAAAUACAAAAAGAUUUACCAUCCAAAUGGUCCUUUUCAAUUAUUACCAGUUUGAGAACAGGUUAUUGUGAUCUAAAUGAUUAUAAAUCCAAAAUCAUACCAUCAUCAGACAAAAACUGUUCCUGUGGAGAGCCAGAAACUGUAGAACACUACCUUUUACUUUGUUCUAACUAUGAGGAGGCUAGAGAGAGAAUGAGAACAUCUAUUUACUUUAUAACAGGAAAUAUACGCAUGGAUUUAGACACCAUACUAGGAAUUGAUGAAGAAGACAUUAAUAGAGACAAUCGAAAUGAGAUAUUGUGCCAUCUGGAAAUUUUUUUAACGGAGUCUGGUAGAUUCAAAAACACUAUACAGCAAAAAACACUAUAA